UCGCUCGCACCCAUCGCCGUUAUUUCUUGGAAGCGAAGCGAGAAAACAAGACACUCGAUUUCUAUUUUAAAGCAGGAGCAUGAAGCGGGGAUUCGAAGCAAGUCCUUCCACCUCCUUCGGCCCGCCCAAAUCCAAGCUCAGAUACGAUACCUACGGCGAUUCGCGUGCUUCGGAUGACGAGAGCUUUAAGAAUGCUCGUAGAGUGGCGGAGCAUUACAGUGCGAGGUCGAAUCAGACGCUGGAGGAGCGCGAGGCUAGCCCCAUCAUCCACUUGAAGAAACUCAACAAUUGGAUUAAAAGUGUACUCAUUCAGUUGUAUGCCCGUUCAAAAGAUGCCGUGCUUGAUAUUGCUUGUGGAAAGGGUGGUGAUUUGAUUAAAUGGGACAAGGCAAAAAUUGGAUAUUACUUGGGCGUCGACAUAGCAGAAGGCUCAAUAAAAGACUGCCGAACCCGCUAUAAUGGAGAUUCAGAACAGCAACAGCGCCGGAAGAAGUUUGGUUUCCCUGCACGCCUUAUUUGUGCUGAUUUUUAUGAGGUUCCUUUAGAUAAGUAUUUGCAAGAUGAUGCUCCAUUUGACAUUUGCAGCUGCCAGUUUGCUUUACAUUACUCAUGGUCAACUGAGGUACGAGCCAGGCAAGCAUUAGCAAAUGUAUCUGCCUUGCUUAGGCCUGGAGGAAUAUUUAUAGGAACAAUGCCUGAUGCAAAUGUAAUCGUCAAAAGACUCAGGGAAGCCGAUGGUUUAGAAUUUGGUAACAGUGUCUAUUGGAUAUCUUUUGAGGAAGAAUAUAUGUUGAAGAAAUUUAAAGCUUCCAGUCCUUUUGGAAUCAAGUACAAAUUUCAUUUGGAGGAUGCGGUUGAUUGUCCUGAGUGGAUCGUCCCAUUUCAUGUUUUCAAGUCCCUAGCGGACGAGUAUGGCCUGGAUCUUGUGUUUGCAAAAAACUCACAUGAGUUUGUUAAUGAAUACCUAAAAAAACCUGAGUACGCCGAGCUAAUGCGAAGACUUGGUGCUCUAGGUGAUGGAAAUCACGACCAGAGUACAUUAUCCCAAGAUGAGUGGGAUGUCGCAUACCUCUAUUUGGCAUUCGUGUUGAAGAAGCGAGGCCAACCAAGUUCCGGCCGGAGGAACACCAGCGCAAACAAAGGAAAAAUGUUCAUAGCGGAGGAAGACAUCGAGUUCAUCAGUAGCUGAUAUGAUUCUUUAACUUCCAUUUUGCUUUGGUUAAGAAGGGUGCAGCAUGAACUGCCCUCCCUCUCUUCCUUGCUCAUCAUAUAAAGAGAGUCGGCCCACCGACAUCGACAGAACAAGUUGAGUUAGGUUUAACUAAAAGAUGCUUCGCUGGUGUAACUUGGACAUUGACGGAAAAAAGUUUUACCACCAUAUAAUAGUUGUUAAGCCCAUUAUUAAACCUUAAUCAACUGAUUAAUUAUUACAAAGUCAAAAUGGUAAUAUAUGAACUCAGCUUGCUCUUUUGAGCUUUACUAGUAA